GCGGUUACAGAGGUGCAGAGUUUCCGAUGUGGCUUUCGUACCUCACAAAUCUUGUUGAAUUUCAAUUAUCGAAGUGUGAAAAACUGCAAUGUUUGCCACCAUUGAGUGAACUACCCUCUCUUAAGCGUCUGUUUCUUAAAUACUUGGACGAUAUUGAGUACAUUAAUAUGUCAGAUUAUGAUGAGACUGGGACAUUGUUCCCAUCCUUAGAGGAACUUCAACUCUAUUAUUGUCCUAAUCUAAAGGGGUGGUGGAGGGAAGAGGCUCAUUCACUCCAUUCAUUUCUUUGCCUUUCAGAGCUAUCCAUCUCGGGUUGCACUGUGCUGGAUUCCAUGCCGAGGUUUCCAUUUCUUGAAAAAGAGUUGGUCCUCUCUAAUGCCAGCUGGAAGCCAAUGCAACAGACAUUGAUGAUGAGUAUGGGCUCCUCUACAUCUGCCUUUUCUUCAUUUGCGCCUCUCUCAAAAUUGAAGCGUCUACGACUACGGAGGAUAGAAGAUCUAGAGAUUCUGCCCGAGAAGGGACUGCAAAACCUGACUUCUCUUGAGUCUUUGCAUAUAGUCAACUGUCAUGGAUUAAAGUCUUUGUCUCAAGGUAUACAAUAUCUCACUGGACUUCAACAACUGGAGAUUAAUCAUUGUGAUAAACUUGAUCUAGGCUGCUAUGAUGAGGCUGGGAUGGGAUGGCAAGGCCUUAAGAGCCUCCGCUCUCUAGAUUUCGUUGGGCUUCCAAAAUUGGUGCAUCUGCCGUCAGGUCUUCAACAUGUUACCACUCUAAAUAAAUUCCAGAUUUCGAGUUGUUGCAGGUUGAGGGCCUUACCAGAUUGGAUUUGCAAAUGGACAUCACUUCAACAGUUCGAAAUUUCUAAUUGUCCUAGUUUGACUUCGUUGCCCGAAGAAAUGCGUUUGUUGAAGUCUUUGAAAAUGUUGACAAUUAGAAAGCACUGUCCCAAAUUGUUGCCAAGAUGCGAGUGCGAGACGGGAGAUGAUUGGUCCAAGAUUACUCACAUCCCUAACUUGUACUUGGAUCGGCCCUCCGAGGAAGAAGUGAAGAACGUUAGAAAGAGGUUCAAUGCUUAUCAUAAUUAUCCUUCAGAAGUCAACAAUUCAGUGCCCCUGUAUCAAAAUGCACACUCUACACCUGGUGGCAAACCGGGUUACAAACAAGGGAUUCCCACUCUCUCCCCCCACCCCCACGCGCAAAUAGCUUCCUUGUUCCUUCUCCUCUCCUCUUCUCAAGCUUCCUUCUCUGCAAAUAGCUCCCCGAGCAAAUCAAGCUGCCCCAAACUGAAUCAAGACGAUUUCGGAAACACUGUCAGCCAACUUCCUCUCUCAAGCCGAUCUCCCGUGUUCGUCUCUCGGCAAACACUGAAGGCCAUUCGAGUUCAAGGGGUACUGCAUCCAUAUUUGCUGAAGAGAACCCAUAUUGAAGUCCUGAUUUGUGCCACGCUGGAAGCCAAUGCAACAGACAUUGAUGAUGAAUAUGGACUCCUCAAAAUUUGCCUCUUCUUCAUCCGUUCCUCUCUCAAAAUCGAAGCGUCUAUGACUACAUAGGAUAGAAGGUCUACAGAUUCUCCCAGAGAAGGGACUGCAAAACCUGACUUCUCUUGAGUCUUUGCAUAUUGUCAACUGCCAUAGAUUACAGUCUUUGUCUCAAGGUAUACAAUAUCUCAUUGGACUUCAACAACUGGAGAUUAACCAUUGUGAUAAACUUGAUCUAGGCUGCUAUGAUGAGGCUGGGAUGGGAUGGCAAGGCCUUGAGAGCCUCCGCUCUCUGGAUUUCGUUGGGCUUCCAAAAUUGGUGCAUCUGCCAUCAGGUCUUCAACAUGUUACCACUCUAAAUAAGUUCCAGAUUUCGAGUUGUAGCAGGUUGAGGGCCUUAACAGAUUGGAUUUGCAAAUGGACAUCACUUCUACAGUUCGAAAUUUCUAAUUGUCCAAGUUUGACUUCGCUGCCCGAAGAAAUGCGUAUGUUGAAGUCUUUGGAAGUGUUGACAAUUUGAAAGCACUAUCCCAAAUUGUUGCCAAGAUGCGAGCGCGAGACGGGAGAGGAUCGGUCCAAGAUUGCUCACAUCCCUAAAUUGUACUUGGAUCAGCCCUCCGAGUUCUCAUUGCAGGAAGAAGUGAAGAACAUUAGAAAGAGGUGCAAUGCUUAUCAUAAUUAUCCUUCAGAAGUCAACAAUUCAGUGGAAAAGAGUUAAUGCUACAUGUACGGCCAAAAAUGGGGACAAAAAAAGGACUCCUCGCAGAUUUGUUACUAUUAAUUACACUGCUCAACAAAAAGGUGAAAGAAGAAUAGAGAAUCUUGGGAGAAAAGGGAGGAAGGGAGUGAUCAAGGAGGAGGAGGAGUGGGGUCAAGGGCGUCGUCGUCAAGGAUGGAUAUCUAAAAUGAUUUCCAUGAGUUGAAGACAAUUAGAUGCAAUUGCGUGGGAAUAUCAUCAUUUGGUGUCUUUGACAGUUUGACUUUUGAGUUCUGUGUGGUCAUUAUUACCGAUGUUGUGGCUGGUAGAGCUUACACUUGAUUCGUACUACUUCAUGAAUCCGCUGAGAAUCAGAUGGUACUUGCUCUAUUCUUUGUUAAAUUUGGUCUUGUUUGGUUGCUAGAAAAAUGCGAGGGAUUCCAUUUUUACCUCUUGCAGAGGUGAUAAUGAAAGUGACUACCUCUGUGGAAAGGUGCAGGGCUUGUGCUGGGUGACUAUUGGUAAUUUGUGACCUUGAUUGUGUAUGCCGGUUCAACAAUUUCAUAAGUGCUUGCAUUUCUGUUAGCAUGACAAAUUUUAAGGAAAGAUUAAUUUGGUUCACAUGGUGGAGCAUAUAUGAAGAUGAUGACUACAACAUGAUGAUGCAACCAAGUGCUUGAGACUUCUGUAUUACUAUUGCUUUCCAAGAACAUCGUUUGCCAUCAGUGAUUUUGCAGUUGGAUGUUGUACAGAAAAGAAAGGGUUUUCGACUAAAAAAUGGCAGAAAAUCUUCUUGGUUUGCUUUGAAGAUUCAUACAAAUUGAGUGCUGAUUUCUGCUGGUGGGAGUAACAACAUUUGCCUACCCAAGUCUAAGAAACUUCAAAUUCAUUAGAACAUGAAUUUUCAAUUCAAUAUUUUUCUUUUAGUUUGUGGUGUGUUGAAUUCAUAGUCUCCUCUACAUUUGCCUCUUCUUCAUUCGUUCCUCUCUCAAAAUUGAAGCGUCUACAACUACAUUGGAUAGAAGAUCUACAGAUUCUCCCAGAGAAGGGACUGCAAAACCUGACUUCUCUCCGAGUCUUUGCAUAUAGUCCACUGCCAUAGAUUAGAGCCUUGUCUCAAGGUAUACAAUAUCUCACUGGACUUCAACAACUGGAGAUUAAUCAUUGUGAUAAGCUUGAUCUAGGCGGCAAUGAUGAGGCUGGGAUGGGAUGGCUAGGCCUUAAGAGCCUCCUCUCUCUGGAUUUCGUUGGGCUUCCAAAAUUGGUGCAUUUGCCGUCAAGUCUUCAACAUGUUACCACUCUAAAAAAGUUCCAGAUUUCGAGUUGUUGCAGGUUAAGGGCCUUACCAGAUUGGAUUUGCCAAUGGAAAUCACUUCAACAGUUCGAAAUUUCUAAUUGUCCAAAUUUGACUUCGCUGCCCAAAGAAAUGCGUUUGUUGAAGUCUUUGGAAGUGUUGACAAUUAGAAAGCACUGUCCCAAAUUGUUGCCAAGUUGCAGGUGCAAGACGGGAGAGGAUUGGUCCAAGAUUGCUCACAUCCCUAAAUUGUACUUGGAUCGGCCCUCUGAGGAAGAAGUGAAGAACGGUAGAAAGAGGUACAAUGCUUAUUAUGGUUAUCCGUCAGAAGUCAACAAUUCAGUGAAAUGAGUCAUGCUACAAAUACCGCCAAAAAUACGGAUAAAAAAAGGACUCCUCGCACAUUUGUUACGAUUAAUUACACUGUUCAACAAGAAGGUGAAAGAAGAAUAAAGAGGAAUCUUUGGAGGAAAGGGAGGAAGGGAGUGAUCUGGGCGGAGGCAAAAAGGUUGUUGAGAAAUCGAGGAGGAGGAGAGGGGUCAAAUUAAGGGCGUCGUUGUCAAGGAUGGACGUCAAAAAUGAUUUCCUUGAGUUGUCGAGACAAAGGGUUCCCAUGGCCCCAAACUGCAGCCGUCACUGUCUGAAGACAAUUAGAUGCAAGGUGACUCGCUUUCCCAGGAUAUGCCACCAAUAUCUUUUGUUAGAAUUGUGAAUCAGCCACUUCAACAAAUUCGAUCAUAAGUGCUUGCAUUUCUAUUAGCAUGACAAAUUUUAAGGAAAGAUUAAUUUGGUACACAUUAUGGAGCAUAUAUGAAGAUGAUGACUACAACAUGAUGAUGCAACCAAGUGCUUGAGACUUAUGUAUUACUGCUUUGCAUGAACAUCGUUUGCCAUCAGUGAUUUUGCAGUUGGAUGUUGUACAGAAAAGAAAGGAUUUCCGACUAAAAAAAGGAGGAAAAUCUUCUUGGUUUGCUUCGAAGAUUCAUAUAAAUGCUUGUGACAAAAAGAAUGAUGGAGAUACAAAAUGGUAUCGAGUGCUGAUUUCUGCUGGUGGGAGUAACAACAUUUGCCUACCCAAGUUUAAUAAACUUCAAAUUCAUCAGAACAUGAAUUUGCAAUUCAAAUAUUUUUCUUUUAGUUUGUGGUGUGUUGAAUUCAUAGAUACCUUCAAGUAUUAUCUUCACUUUGAAUUGUUUGAUUAUUCGAAUUCCAUAAGUUACAAGUUUUCUUGAA